AUGCAAAGAUGCUGCGCCCGGAUAGCAGGCCUGAGGACAUUUGCCUGCCGCAGCAAUACCCGACCACGACUGCACUCGAGACACCAACGAUACGCCCAACAUAGCGCCUUCCCUGUUGUAAAGACGCCUACANGCGCCGCCCCUUCCUCACAAGAUGCCCAACAUAGCGCUGCCCCUGCUUCACUCACUGUCCAAGACCAGGACUACGACAGUCUUGUCGGCGCCGACAAUGACACAUUCGAAACACUCGCCAGCGGGCUGAAAGGCUCGUCGCGCCGCGCUGCCAUCCGACACCGCCAGGCAUUGCAUAAAGGUGGCUUUGCAUACAUCGACCUGUCCAAACUUCCUGCCCGCGAUGCUUCCCGUACCGCGGAGGCAUGGAUGCCCACCAUCGAAGCUGCUCUGCCUCCUCGUUUGCGCACUCCCGGCGCUUUCAAAAUCACAGACGAGCCAUUCUCGGCUCAAGACAUCAGUCGAAUCAUCCACAUCUCGUCUUACACGUACGGAUUGGAUCUAUUAUCCUUCUUGGCUGUCAAGCAGAAUCGUCCCAAGGCCGCUGUCUGGUUGGCUUCAAUGGUCAUCUCACACGACUUCAAACCCGACCCGACGCCUCCGAAGGACACCAAUGUCUGGAACACCUGUCUGCCACCCCAUUUCUCUUUAUCUGAGUAUACUCGCCACACUCGCGAUGGGGAUACCGUCUUGUUGAACCCGCCUGCGCACAACCCUCUCAACGACUUACAGCCGCCUCCUUCUUUGGACCACCUCACUGCGGAAUUGCAUCCUCUCGAGGAACCGCUCCCUUCCAUUCUGCACCACGAGACCCUCGGUCAGAUUUGGUACAGUCUGGCAAGAAUGAUUAUUGUAGACGCAGGUCGUGCCAACAAGGACAAAGCCAACCAAGCCAUCAAGCCCGAAAUCCUUGAGAUCAUCGCAAUGUUGCACCACUCCGGUGCUAUGCCCUCUUCCAUCUAUUCAUACCAGCCACCCAACGAUUCCAUGUCGUUGUGUCAGCCUCCUACUCUGCAUCUACUGUCCAACCAAAUCAUCACCUCCCUGACCGACGCCGCCUGGAGGGCCUACGAGACCAACGUUGUCGAAGAGGCCAAAGAAAGAGGUGGUGUCUAUGAAUCCAUGAGACCUGAGAUACCCGGUUCUAUGUACAAAGUUCAUGUUACUGGUCUCGGUCACGAAAUCUGGCUCGAGUUAGUUCUAUGGGCAAUGUUGUACGGUCGCUAUUACAAACAAGGCGUCAAAGUUCUUAGACAUAUGCAUGCAAGGUUGGAAGGUGACAAAGCCUGGUCUGUUUUGUCCUGGAGAGAGCUGGCCAACCCCAUUGUUCAGUCCGGCCAAGAAAAAUCCAUCAAUUGGGACGAGGUCAAGUAUAUUUUCAACACAGGCAUCUCGGAUACCGACCAGACCAUCAACAAGAAGAAGGUCCGCAGAACCAUAAGUGCAGAAGUCAUUGCCUCCUUCGUCGAUGCCGCUGUAUCCCACGUCAGCGCCGGUGUCGGCUCGCGAGGUAUGUCUCCUGAGGAUCCAGCUCGUUUUCUAAAAGCCAUGAAANGGCUUUUUAGCGCCAACAAUAUGAGCCUGGGCUAUACCUCAUGGGACGCCACAGUUCUACGCUUCUUCGAGUCAAGAGGUGUCGAUUUCGAAAAGGACCCGCAGUUAGCGGGCAAGAUCAGCUCAGUAGCCUCCUUGUUCGGCGACGAUAUUUCUGCUGUUAACGCUCCUACUCGUGAUCAGCUAUGGCAACCCACACCAGCAUAUGUCUUGGACGGUUCUGCAGCCAACAUUGGUUACCAUCACCGUCUUCUCAGAGCUCACAUCAAGCUCGGCAGUCUGUCUGGUGCUAUGGGUGUGGUCCGGGAUUUGCAACAACUUACCGACACGAACAAGCAAAGAUCGAUUCAGGAGUUCUUUGCAAAGCAACAAGACGCCACAAUGCAGGACGAAGAGGAAGACGCAUCCGAGUUCGGCUUUCAGGGCCGCUAUGGUGGUAUCCACUAUCCCAGUUUCUUCCCUCAAAUACCUGUUCCUAUCCUGGCUGAUCUUGUUACCUUGGUCGUCGACUCUCAAGCUCUCGAGCUAGGUUCAUGGCUGCUAUAUUCCGAGGACCUGGAUGGUCCAAUCAUCCACAAGGGUCUGUACAGUGAUCGCAUCAUGGGCCCACCUCUGAUUAGACUUGCUGCCAGCCUUGAUGAUGAGGUUCUCAUGCGCAAAGUUCUGCAAUUCCAAAAGGAUUCGUCGGGAACAGAACCUCCUGAAGAAGUGUUGAACGAGCUCUUGGAUCAGCAAAUAGAGGCAGGAAACUGGCCUUUCGUUGACAAAGCCCUGGAGAGUUUUGCCAAGGGUCCAAUUCACGGCUACAGUAUCAGUACAAACACUGCUGCGAGUAUGAUUCGGGUGAUUCUACGCGAGGCGAAAUCUUGCACUGGCGAUCUUUCGCGCCUCGAGACUUCUGUAUCUGCAAAGGCUUUCCAAAAAGUGUUAGGCUUCCGAGAAAAAGGCGAAACUCGACGUGCCAAACGCGGUUACAAGAAACAAGAUACUCUGGAACUUGGAAGCCGUGUUUGGCGCUUGCUUGCGCUCAUCAACGAUGACUGGAGACAGUAUGCCUGGAAGGUCUACCCGAACAUGGCUGGUUACAAUUAUGUUAAUUUUACGCCUAGAGCAUUCAAUAGGAUUCUCAGUGGUGUUGUCGACACUUACGGUUCUACUGCAGGCAAGCAGUAUCUUGGCAAGUUUUGGCCGGAUUCACUCAAGGAUGAGCCUCCGCAUGCAUCGAGGUACGACGACAAUCCAGGUGGUGUACCCCGUAUGGCUGCAUACCGUCAGGAUACAAAAGUCUUGACCUCUCCUUAUACUCAACGACCCGAGCACCGAAUUCACAUCGCUGGGCCCGGUGGGAAGAAGGCUUCGAUCAAUGUCCCUGAUCAACCUGGUAUGAACCUUGCGACAAUUCAUAUCAUUCUGAAGCAGGCCUUGAAAGAAACUGGCGGCCAAUAUACACUUGUACGUCAGGAAGCCGAGUGGGCAUGGAAAAUCAUGAAGAAGUUUGGACUGCCCAAUCGACACGUUCGAGACGAGCUCAGAGACGUAUCUGAGUUUGCAAACCAUCCUGACCUUACCCAUCUCAACAACGAAUCUCGGCGUACAGAGUUUGAAACCGAUUUCGAGGACUCCCCUGACAACGAUGUCAACAAUGGUCUGAAGAACAAAGCACAGGAAAUGGAAAACGAAUACUAA